AUGGGAGGAGAGACGGGAGGAGAAAUGCCGUCUACAGACAUGAGAGAAGAGAUGGGAGGAGAGACGCCGUCUACAGACACGAGAGAAGAGAUGGGAGGAGAGACGCCGUCUACAGAGAUGUCGUCUACAGAGACGCCGUCUACAGAGAUGUCGUCUACAGAGACGCCAUCUUUAGAGCCGUCGUGA